AUGUGGCCUCCUCUCACUUCUUCCAUGCAAACUCUCCUGCUUUUGGGGCUCCUUUUCAUGUUAUCACCAACUCUUGCUAAUCAUUUUAACAAGUCUUCCGAAUCAAAAGCUCUCCAUGCAGCUUUCUCGUGGACGUAUAAUCGUACUUCAGCUUAUUGUACUUGGCCUGAAAUCACUUGCAACAAGGAAGGAAGUGUUAUGCAGAUAUAUGCUAACUGUAAAAAGAAUUGUAACGAUACUUGUGACGCGAAAUGGCUUGACUUUUCUUCAUUUCCAAACCUCCAGCGUCUUUUUAUUGUUGAUUGCAUGCUUCGAGGAGUCAUCCCAGAGCAAAUUGGCUUGCUAUCAAAUCUGAUCCAUCUUUCAAUUAAAGGGAGUUAUCUCGAUGGUGAGUUGUCUGYUCCCUUCACCAAUCUCACCCARUUAGAAACACUUGAUCUUUCUUAUAACUCUUUCACUGGUAUUCUCCCUUCUCAAAUGGCGAGUUUGAAGAAUYUGGCUAAUCUGGAUCUUAGUCACAACAGAUUUACUGGUCCAAUCCCUACAUCUUUURGCUCCAUGGUCAAUCUCACCUCCAUGGACUUGAGCGGAAAUCGUCUGAAUUCAUCCAUCCCUUUGGAACUAGGUAAGUUGAAUCGGCUACGGACAUUAAACCURAGUUAUAACAAUCUGAAUGGUAUAAUUCCUUGUGCCACUAAGUUACCUGUUUCCUACAACAAUCUCACCCAGUUAGUAUACCUUGAUCUUUCUCAUAACAAUUUUAGUGAUAUUCUGCCAUAUCAAAUAGGGAGUUUGAGGAAUUUGGUUCAUCUAGAUCUUAAUCAAAACAGAUUUACGGGUCCAAUCCCAUCAUUUUUUGGUUCCAUGGUCGAUCUCACCUUUUUGGACUUGAGCAGAAAUCAACUAAAUUCAUCCAUCCCGACAUCUUUUGGCUCCAUGGUCAGUCUCWCCWUUCUGGACUUGAGCAKAAAUCAACUAAAUUCAUCCAUCCCUACAACUUUUGGUUCCAUGGUCAGUCUCACCUUUCUGGACUUGAGCARCAAUCAACUGAAAUCAUCCAUCCCUARGGAACUAGGUAACUUGCAAGAGCUACAAACAUUAGACCUGAGUCAUAAUGACCUUGUGGGUGAUAUUCCUUCUAAUCUUGGAAAGUCGUUGAGACUUCUCUAUCUUGAUUUUUCGUCAAACCAAUUGUCGGGAAAUGUAAUGAUUCCAUAUCAUUGUUAUCUUGKRCAUCUAGACCUCUCUAAGAAUCUAAUGACUGGAAAUAUCCCAAGUCAACUUAUUAGUCAUUGCUCUGGUUUAGAGUACUUGGACCUUAGUAGUAACAAUUUAGUUGGAGAAACACCUGACUUUUCGAAUUUACCAAAUUUGAAGUUCUUAAAUCUGGCUGACAAUCAAUUCACACACCCGCGAAUACACAAACAUGUCCUCUAUUUGUACAUUUUUCUUUCCAUGAUAGUUGGAUUUGGGUUCGUGAUGGUCGGAUUUUGCUUCUUAGUGCUUGGUUGUGUGUGUUGCCAUCGUCACAAGGCUACCAAAAAGAAAAGCCAACCGGAAACCAAAACACAUGGAGAUGUGGGCAWGAUAUUGAAUUAUAAUGGAACAAUUGCAUACGAAGAAUUCAUCGAGGCAACAGAGGAUUUUGACCUCAAAUACUGCAUUGGAACCGGUGGCUAUGGUAGUGUUUAUGAAGCAAAACUACCGAGUGGUAAAACAUUUGCUCUGAAGAAACUCCAUAGGUACGAAGCAAAGCAACCAGCAUUGAACAAAAGYUUCAAGAACGAGGUCCACGUGUUAACCAACCUAAGGCACAAAAACAUUGUGAAACUCUAYGGGUUUUGUUUCCAUAAAAACUACAACUUCCUUGUAUACGAAUACAUGGAAAAUGGGAGCCUAUUUUGCGCACUAAGAGACGUUGAAGUUGUAAGACUUGAUUGGAUCAAACGGGUGAAAAUUUUGAAGGACGUAGCCCAUGCUUUGUCAUAUAUGCAUCAUGAUUGCAACCCACCCAUCAUUCAUCGAGACAUAUCAAGCAACAACAUUCUCUUGAACUCARAAAUGGAAGCAUGUGUUGCCGACUUUGGAGCAUCUAGAUUGCUCGACCCUGAUUCGUCCAACCAAACYGUCAUUGCUGGAACUUUGGGAUACAUUGCGCCAGAACUUGCCUAUACCAUGAUUGUGACCGAAAAAUGCGACGUGUAUAGCUUUGGAGUGGUGGCACUUGAAACAAUUGGAGGGAAGCAUCCUGGAGAUCUCUUGUCAUCRUUAAACAUAUAUUCUAGUCAUGGGACAUCAWUGGGAGAUAUAUUGGAUGCACGACKCACUUAUCCAACAAACAYGCGGAUACAAAAGGAACUUCUUCGUGUYUAURAUGUAGCACUGGCAUGCAUUGUCACAGAUCCAAAGUCUCGACCGACAAUGAGAAGGGUGUGUCUAGAAUUAUCACGUUGAGUGUAUCUUCUCUGGCUUUCUUCAUUUUCAGAACGGUUUUC